AUGGCGAUGACCGGGACGCUGCGCGCCGUUCGCGCGCCGUUUGGCAGGAGUGGCGUCCGCUUCGGCCCCUCGAAGCCGCGCGCGGCCAAUUUGUGUUGGAGGAGGAACGCCAGGCCCUGCGGACGGAAGCGGCUGCAUUGCGCUGCCGUCAGUCCUGAGGUGGCGGAGCUGCAGGAGAAGUUUGCCAUCUCAGGCUGUGUGGACAUCACAGAAGGCGAAGGUGGCUUGCCUAAAGUGGUUCUGCAGCAUGCCUGCGGUUCAAGUGCAGAGGUGUAUCUUUUUGGUGCCUGCGUGACAUCAUGGAAACAGAGCAGUGGGGACGAAGUGUUGUUCGUCCGACCAGAUGCCAAGUUCGACAAGUCCAAGCCCAUUUCAGGCGGCAUCCCCAUCUGCUUCCCCCAGUUUGGGCCAGGAAAAAUUCAGCAGCAUGGGUUUGCGAGGAACCUUGACUUCACCAUCGCCUCAACGUCGGCAGACUACCAGCCAGAUGAGCGCGACCCCGAGGUUGAGCUUGUCCUUUCCCCCAGUACCUACACAGAAGAGAUGUACCCGCACCCUUUCAAGGUUGUGUACUCAAUAUCACUGCAUGGGGAGACCCUCAACACUGACUUUAGGGUCAUAAACGAGGGAGGUGCGCCUCUGGAGUUCACAGCAGCCCUCCACAGCUACUUCGAGGUGGCAGGUAUAGACAAGGCCAAGGUCAGGGGUCUCAGAGGGGUGGAGUAUUUAGACAAGGUGGUCGAUGCGAACAACCCGCCGCGCAAGACUCAAGAAGAGGGCAACUUGGAAUUCAAGGGGCCUGUGGACUCUGUGUAUCUUGGAGUCCCUGGAUACGUGGACCUUGAUGUGGGGACUGGUGCAGCUAUCGCGAUCACUUUCGAUGGUUGGGAGGAUGUUACCGUUUGGAAUCCAUGGACAGACAUGCCAGCUUGCUAUGAGAACUUUGUUUGCGUUGAAAACGUCAAGUAUGGGAAGCCAGCCACCGUCCAACCAGAGGACAGUUGGAGGGGCACAACUUCGUUUCAGGUCGUGGAUCUGUGA